CAAAUUCUUUGAUACAACCUCUACCCUUUGACCUCCACGUGCUCGCCAAGAUGGCUUCUGGAAGAAGACCUGAACACCAAGCUCCUCCCGAAGUCUUCUACAAUGAAGAAGAGGCUCGAAAGUACACGUCGAAUUCCAGAAUGAUCCAGAUUCAGCAGGAGUUGACAGAGAGAGCUGUGGAGAUGCUCAACCUCCCAGAGGACACACCCUGCUACAUUCUGGACCUUGGGUGUGGGUCUGGCCUGAGUGGAGAGUUUCUUACUGACCAGGACCAUGUGUGGGUUGGGAUGGACAUCAGCUCUAGUAUGUUAGAUGUAGCACAGGAGAGGGAGGUAGAAGGAGACUUGUUGCUGAGUGACAUGGGACAGGGAAUGUGCUUCAGACCAGGGACGUUUGAUGGUGUCAUAAGUAUCUCAGCCAUCCAGUGGCUGUGUAAUGCAGACAAGAAGACCCACAAUCCACCCAAGAGGCUCUAUAAGUUCUUCUCCACUUUAUAUGCAUGUAUGGCACGCGGUGCCAGGGCCGUGCUUCAACUUUAUCCUGAAAACUCUGACCAGCUUGAGUUGAUAACUACACAAGCCAUGAAGGCAGGCUUUUCUGGAGGGGUGGUGGUCGAUUUCCCCAACAGCACAAGAGCAAAAAAAUUUUUUCUGGUUUUAUUUGCUGGUGGUACAAUGACAAAACUGCCAAAGGCACUUGGCACAGAUGACAGAGUGCACCAGGCACACUUCACAGAUAUAAGAGAACGUGGUAAAGGCAAAAAUCGUAAAUCUGUCAAGAAGUCACGAGACUGGAUAAUGGAGAAAAAGGAGAGGAGGAGAAGACAAGGAAAGGAAGUGAGACCAGACUCCAAGUACACUGGCAGGAAGCGAUCAAACAAGUUCUGAUGCGUGGAGAAAAGAUUCACCGUCCUUCCUAUCCAGUAUUUUGCUUUUUGAAGACUAUAAAACAUGGAUUCUAAUUCAUGUACUGGUACUACUGCUAGCUACAUGUAGACUCGCUAUGCAAAAGCAGUUACCGGUACA